CGAUCCUACAUCUCAUACAGAUAUCUAGCUCAUCUAAGAUGGAAGGCAUCGAGCACAAAACCGUGAAAGUUAACGGAAUCAACAUGCACGUGGCGGAGAAGGGGCAAGGCCCCGUCAUUCUCUUCCUCCACGGCUUCCCGGAGCUGUGGUACACCUGGCGCCACCAGUUGCAGUUCUUUGCCGGCCUGGGCUACCGCGCCGUGGCGCCGGAUCUCCGCGGCUACGGCGAGACGGAUGCCCCCUCCCUGCAGCCCUCCAGCUACACGUGCCUCCACGUGGUGGGAGACCUCGUGGCGCUGGUUCAGUCCCUUGGGGUGGAUAAAGUGUUCUUGGUGGCUCAUGAUUGGGGCGCCAUUAUCGGUUGGUAUUUCUGCAUGUUUCGCCCCGAUUUGGUGAAGGCGUUUGUGGAUAUCUCGGUGCCGUUCCGCCCCCGCCAUCCCACGAUGAAGCCGGUUGAGGCCAUGAGGGCUUUCUUUGGAGACGAUUACUACAUCUGCAGAUUUCAGGAAGAAGGCAGGAUUGAAUCUGAUAUCGCCAUACACGGCAGUGAAAAAGUUUUGAGGAAAAUAUUCACCGAUCGAAAAGCAGGGCCUCCAUGCUUACCAAAGGAAAAUCCCUUUGGCAUUUCCACCGAUCAGCCUAAAUUACCGUCUUGGUUAUCCGAACAAGACCUCAAGUACUACGCUUCCAAGUAUGACCUCAAGGGCUUUACCGGCGGAUUGAACUAUUAUCGCUCAAUAAAUUUGAACUGGGAGUUAACAGCAGCGUGGACAGGGAUAGAAGUGAAAGUUCCAGUGAAGUUCAUGGUUGGGGAUAUGGAUAUGGUGUACACCACACCAGGAAUCAAAGAAUAUGUACAUGGGGGUGGGUUCAAGAAAGAUGUGCCUUUGCUAGAAGAAAUUGUUGUGAUAGAAGGAGGUGGCCAUUUUCUCAACCAAGAAAGACCAGAGGAGGUCAACCAUCACAUCCAUCAUUUCAUCAACAACUUCUCCUGACAAAUUCAAUUCCAUCCUUUCCUAUAGUAGCGUAUGAGCUGCAAUAAUGGUCGUGAGAAUCAACCUUAACAUGCAAACUGCGAACUUAUAAAAGAUUAUACCACACUCAGAUAUGAUUGAAUCGUAACAGUGUAAUCUUUCACAAUUCACAGUUCGCAAGUUAAUGUUGGUUUCACCUGAUUAGAAAUAUAUAUGUGUGUGUGUUUGUGUAUGGGUAUGUUGCUUCAUUCUAUUGAAUGAACCAGUAGAACGUGAAGUAUGUUUCUGCUUUUCAAUUUAGACUUCUUUUUGCAGCUCAGUAAUCAUUGUCACACUUUUCUUUUUCUUUGGGGAAAUAACAUUUUAAUUCCC